AGUUUUGUAGUUCCUGUGUUGUUGACCUGUCACCGUUGUAGUACAAGCUGUCAAGCUGUCACUGCUGCCAAUUUGUUUGUCCUUCUGAAGGCUGCGGCUUUUGCAGUUUAGCCGCGCGGCCAGCGACUACUUACAGGACCGUUUGUUCUCGCCGUUUUUGUUGCUGUUGGCUAAUGUGUGAGCUAACGGCUAAAGUCAAGUAACACUUCACUAACUUGACAGCUAACUAGCCAGCUAGCAUUAGACGGUAGUUAGCAGCGUUAGCUACCUUUGCAGCAGGCGGUUCGCCAGGCUGUGGCACCAGGAGGAGAGGAAACCGCCCACACCUGCAAACCAAAACAGCCAUUCCGGACAAAAGCGUAAACGAUGGAGGCCCAAAGCUCGAGCGGGAUGCUGUUAAACAGGAAGAGAAGAAGAGAUGGCGAGAACAAUGGCGAGACGGAUGAGAGCGAGCGACUUUUGAAGAUACCCAGAUGUACUGUGGGACUGAAGCACCCUGCACCUUUUGCAGAUGAACUGGAGCCAGCUGAUGGUAAACCCUAUGAGAGAGUGAGCAUGGAGGAGGCCAAGAGAGGAACACCAGCUAACAGACCAGUGCGGGUGUAUGCAGAUGGAAUCUUUGACGUUUUCCACUCAGGUCACGCCAGAGCUCUCAUGCAAGCUAAAUGUCUCUUCCCAAAUACACAUCUCAUUGUUGGAGUGUGCAGCGAUGACCUGACCCACAAAUACAAGGGUUUCACAGUGAUGAAUGAGGAUGAGCGCUAUGAUGCCGUCACACAUUGCCGCUAUGUGGACGAAAUCGUGCGAAACGCUCCCUGGACGUUAACGCCGGAGUUCCUAGCAAAGCAUCGCAUUGACUUUGUUGCCCAUGACGACAUCCCAUAUUCCUCAGCGGGCAGUGAUGACGUGUACAAGCACAUUAAAGAUGCUGGUAUGUUUGCUCCCACUCAGCGGACGGAGGGCAUCUCCACCUCUGACAUCAUAACACGCAUCGUACGUGACUAUGAUGUGUAUGUCAGACGCAACCUACAGAGAGGAUACACAGCCAAGGAACUCAACGUCAGCUUCAUCAAUGAGAAGAAAUAUCACCUGCAGGAGAGAGUGGACAAGGUAAAGAGGAAGGUGCGCGACGUGGAGGAGAAGAGUAAGGAGUUUGUGCAGAAGGUGGAGGAGAAGAGCAUUGACCUCAUUCAGAAGUGGGAGGAGAAAUCCAGGGAGUUCAUUGGUAACUUCCUGCAGAUGUUUGGCCCCGAGGGAGCUCUGAAACACAUGCUGAAGGAAGGCAAAGGCCGCAUGCUGCAGGCCAUCAGCCCUAGGCACAGCCCCGACAGCAGCCCCACCCGCGAGGAGCGCUCCCCGUCUCCCACCUUCCGUCUCCCCUUCUUCACUAAGACCUCCCCUCCUCCGUCCCCUCUGCCCCAGCACAGUGGGGCCCGGGGAUACCUCAUCAGUGAGGACGAUGACGACGAAGAUGAUGACGAAAACUAGAGCACGUUUGAAUAGUUAGUGUUGUCAGUCCACAGUCAGGGCGACCAGUUAGCUGAGCUGUCGAGUAGUGUGGUUUCCAUGGAGCGCCUGCUUUUUCUUCAUCUCUUUUUUCCUCCCCACUUUGAUGUUUAGCACCAUGUCACAUUAACUAUAACGACUUCCAGUUUCUCCAUUGCUCUUGUUUUUAACAGCCAAUCAUGUCACAACAGUUACCACUAGUCACUCAUCUUUAUCACGUACGUAUAAUGUUUGAUUCUGUUCGUCUUUUGACACUUAGAAAUAUCUGCAGGUGUUGCACUCUCGGCACUCUUCCAUCUGAAGCGGUGGUGCAGAAGUUUUUGUUUUUCUCAUGACUUAGUGGGAUAGCUCGCAGGAUGAUGGUCACUUAUUGGAGCAGCACGUGUUGCCUUGGUGUUUGUGCAAGGUGACCUCAUGUACACUGUUGAAUGAAUUUUUUUUGGGGGGGGGACUCCAAAUGUUCACAUAACAGCAGCUUUUCCCUCAAGUUUCGCCUGUCUUGGGGCCCACGCGUGUCCGUGUGCAUGUGAUAUUUUUGCGUACAAGCUCUGCAGUGCUGCGGCAUGUUUGAAAUGUCUUCUGUCAACUUUCUCCAUCAGUCAACAGUUCCAAGUUGGGCUUGACUUCACUGUGUAACGGUAAUAAAUCUGCUUGUGUUACGUUUAUAUUUUUGUCGGUGGACAAGAGUCUUGCAUUGAGAGUCGAUUAAGACUGGAUGACUUAAAUGCAGCGUUAAUUAGAUUUUUAAAAGAAUUGUAGGGAUGACUUGGUUAAAUGUUGAUGUAGAAACACUUAUUUUUGUAGAUUUCAUCGUCCAUCUCUUUAUCCUCUGUACAGAUCUCUUAAUCAUCCCUUAUUGUCAGGCUGAGCAGAGGAUCAACAUGGGAAUGGCUUGAUUUUUUCAAUAAAAAAUGCACAUCUGGGCCUUGGAAGUAAAACUUUUAAUCUGAUACACUGUUUCAAGACAAAAUAAGGAAUCACGUUGUAAGAAGUCUAAUUGGAGUCAUAAUGAUUAGGCCUCUUCAUCAGUAGCACAUAUACAGGCUAAUAUACAUUUGUACAGAUGUACUUUGGUUGCCUGGGCUGCACUGUUAUAUAUGUGUGGGUGAAGGGUUCAGGUUUAUGUAUCAGUGGAAAUCCAGAUCAAUGUUUUUUGUAGCUACCUCCUCAUUCUCUUUCCUAAGAUGAGCACAAAGUAUGAGCAUUAUUUUUCCAUUCUGAACAGAGCCAUUGUUCCAGUACUGUCAGAGUACUCUAAAGUAUGUGUGAUUGGUCAAAUAUUGAAUGAGAUUUCCAGGCCUUGGUGUGUGUGUGUGUGUGUGUGUGUAUGUGCGCGUGCCCUGCAUCUCCAGUGAUAAGCAUGUGUCGUGUCUCUAUAACAGGAUGAUGGCGAUCUGAUGAUGUAAUGCAAUACUGUUUGAAGACACACAUCCAUCAUGUCCAGGCUUGGUUUCUCAAAAGCACUGUUUGGGGUAAAUUUGUUUUUGCUGCAGCAACAAAGACUUAAGUGAAAGGAGUUUCAACAUUUAAAGUACAAAGCUGGAGUAAUUUGCUUAGGAAAUCCAGCCUAGAUUUUAAUGCAAAGCUACUUUUGGGAAGCCUUGCCUUGAUUCUUGUGGAAUCUGUCAUUUAAAUCCAUGUGAACGUCUGAGCGUGUCCAUGUCAAGAGCUCCAGCUGGCAAAGGCUUGAGUGGCAAUGAAACCAGUGACUGCCACUACCACAAAGAUAAACAAUGUAAAUGUUUUAACUGCAAGUGUUUUAAUCCUGUAUUAUUUUACUCUUUGGGGUUAUGUUUUGUUUUAUGUCCUGAAUGUUGAGGAAGAGCAAGACAGGAAAUAAGUAUUAAAAUAUGUUGGCCAAAGCA